AUGUUUACGAUCUUCAUCUCCCACCAGUGGCUGGGCCGCCAUCACCCGGAUCCGAACGGAGAGCAGCUGCGAGUGCUUCAAGGCUGCUUGAGCAACCUGAUUGCGAGGAAGCUGAAGAUCGAAACGGAUGUCCUCUUGCAGUGGAAUGGCGGCAGGCUGACCGAAGGGGAGCUCCGUCAAAUAGAGGGCGCGUACCUUUGGUUAGACUACUUCUGUGUGCCUCAACUUGUGGACGACCAUGUGGAUGGACUGGCCGAAGAUCAGCUGCGAUAUGUUCACACCAUCCCCAGCUACGUGGACCACUGCAACCUGUUCUUGGCUUUGGUGCCAAAAGCUCGCCACGAAACAGGGUCCGAAUGUUCAAUCCACACCUGGCUUGCCCGGGGUUGGUGUCGUACGGAGCUUUGGUGCCAUUUCCUCUCAUCCAAAGUGCCCAUUGUAGCCGCGAAAAGCCAUGAUUUGGCGCAAUUCGUGAAGCCUCAGUGGCAUCGCUACCCGGUCCAUUUGGGCGACUUUGGUGUGGAGAAGGAUCGCUCUUCCUGUAAAAGUGUGGUUCAAACAGCUUUGACCCAAUAUCUCGCCCAGCUGAGUGUCGCCAAGAACAAGACCGUCUACCGGCUGUACCUAUCUCUUUUUGAAGAUAUGACAGGUUUGGCCGGCAAGCGCCGGAGUGCCGAGGAGUUCCUGAUGGACUUCUCCUUUUCCAAGCCGCUCAAGAAGCACCGGGGCCUCGGCCCAGUGGCUUGCGCGGCGCUGUCGGGAGAUGCCGAACUCAUUCACAGCCUGGUCAUUCUUAAAGCCUCCCUUCAGAGCCAUAUGCCAGGCUUGCCUGAGGUCAUGAACCUCCCAGACUUCACGCCACUGCACUUGGCUGUCUGGUUCAGAAGCCGCGACCUACGCAUCUUGGAGACACUCUUGGACUUGCGUGCCGACCCGAACAGCUGCACUGUGAAUGUGGAUCCACCCCUGGGUUUUUGCCGCACAGCUGGAGCUGCAGAGCUAUUGGUUCGGCACAAAGCAGGCGUGAAUCUUCAGGGAAAGACCUUGGGACAGCUGUGCCCCCUCCACAGUGUGGCAGCCUUCGGGGCUCCAUCCGAAGUGCUGACUACCCUGCUGGAUCUUCGGGCGGAUGUGCAGGGCGGUCGGGGAGGGCUUGCAAGUGCCUCGCCUUUGCAUUUUAUAGCCUUCUGCGGUGACUCCCAGAACGAGCUAGCGUCGGCCCAGCUGUUGCUGGACCGCAGGGCCGACAUGAACCAAGUUUGCCAACCGGCAAGGAGCGUCCAGCGGAUCUCUCAGGUGUACAGCAGGUGUUGCAGGGAGCCAAGCGCCGUGGUGAGGUGGUUUCGUGAUGUGAGCAGCACGCCUUUGGGCUGGUGCGUGACCUUUGAGAACGAAGGCUACUUGGCUUUCCUGCUCCGCGCAGGAGCAGACCCUGAGGUGCGCAAUAGCAGGGGUCUUCGGCCCAUUGACAUGGCAGGUGCUGAGAGAAUCCGAGGGGUGUUUCAACAGCCUACACUACAUGUUGACCUCCCGGAGGACGACUCUGAGCUGUUUCUGGAACAUUUUUGA